AUGAAACUGAUAUUCAUCUCCAUGUUCCUACUUGCUUCCCUGGCAGGAGCCGAGAAGCAGCCCCUCAUUUAUGAUUCAGACUACGGUCCGUUUGUCGAUGACGUAUUCGCACUGGGUUUGCUGGUCAAUUCUUUGGACUUGAUUGACUUGAGAUUGGUGCUCUCCACAUCGGAACAGCCGUCGCUCUCAGCAAAAUGCAUGGCUGCGCAGCUCGAGUUGAGCGAGAGGCCUGACAUUGAAGUUGCUGUGGGCUCUUCCUUCCCACCCCAUGAGGAGCGUGGAAGUGUCUGUGCCAUUCAGGGCUUGAUGGGAUUUGCCAUGGAGCCUGAGUGUGAGAAAUAUGAUGGAAAGCCGCCCAUUGAAAAUGGAAUUGAGUACAUGGCCCAAAUGAUUAUUGACUCUGGACGUGACGAUUGGUGGUACCUUGUUGUGGGCGGACAGUCUUCCCUUCGGGCAUUGAUUGAACAAUACCCCGAGGCGGCAGAAAAAAUCUCCACUCUCGUGAUAAUGGCAGGAAACUUCUGUGCUGACUUUGAACCUUACCCUGGCGUCAUGGCACCUACUGAUGAGACCAACAUUGGUUGCGAUCCCGCUGCCGCUAAUUUCGUCCUUGAUGCCAACAACGUCCAGUUCGAUAAUGUCUACUACGUCCCUGUUGUUGUGGCCGACCACAUUGGGGGUGAGGACUACAAGAUUUUCACAGAAGCCACCGAAAGCAACGCUGCUGCCAAUGCCACUCUCCAGUGGUACAAAAUCUGGUCCGAGGCAGGACGAGCUGAUGAGUCACUUUUGAUCCAUGCUGAAGCCAUGAAAUAUGAUCCCGACACUGAGAGUACCCCCCAGUUUGACCCUGUCGCAAUCAUGUUGGUCCUUGAGCUGCUGGCUGAUACCUGCGACGAACGCAUUUCCCUGAUCGAGUUUGAUGGCAUUCACUUCUUCGAGGCCGGUGAAGACGGCCUCAAGCCCUUCCCCGAAGCCCCCCGCUCGGCCUUUUCCCUCCACACUGGAGUGGACCAAUCCGCCCUUCCCGCUGAAUGCCCCAACAUUACAGAAUUCGUCUUUGAUCCUGAAUCCACACCAGAACUGGAGUACCCUGUCAAGGUUGCUCUCGGCUUCAAGUCUGCCGAAGCCAAGGCUGCCGUCUAUGAGGACAUGGCUCGUCUCAUGGCCGGACAACGCACCUUGUGCGGCAUUGAUUUGUCGGAUACAGAAAUCGACGUCGAAGGCAAUGUUCUGGAAAGCAGCAAUGACUCAGGAGCCACAACCGCUGGAUUUGGCAUGGUGGCCUCUGCGGUUGUUUAUAUCCUCGCCAUGUUGAUCUAA